CGGUUGAUGAGAUCUAGGCGUGCCGCAUUUACUCGUCUAGUCACGAUUGAGGAACUGUCGACAUAAAUUAUCUGUCUUCCGUUUCACGGACGCUGUUGAAGGUGUUUAACUAUGUCUCCUAGAGAUAUAAAACAACAGACAUUUGAUAUUAUUAGUUGCUUUUUUGAAGAGGAGCAGAACCGAAUAUGUAAUCGGAAGGUGUACGAAAGCAUCGAGUCUGAUGGACCUGGAGAUGAUGACGGGUUUGACCCAGUUGUAAUAGCUGAUAAACUGAGGGAACUUGGAGAUGAUUUUGAUGUUAAGUUUAUCCAGCCUCAUAUCAGAAAACUCCAACAAGCAGUUGCAGACAAGGCGGUGGAGGAGUUUGCACGUAGCGUGGACAGCCUGUGUGCGGCCCAGGGAGCAGAGGUGGCCCCUGAGAUGCAGCUGCUGAGGGCCUCCAUGGCCCUGGGUCUGUACGUUAAGAAGACCUGUCCUGACCUUAGAGCCACCAUCCAGUCUUGUAUGACUGCCUUCAUUAACACCCGGCUGGCAGGCUGGAUCAACCAGCAGGGAGGAUGGGAUCAAGUUACUAUGGUAUAAAAACAUGGAGAAGAUGACAUCCACAUCAUUUUUGUACAAUGAGGACGAGGUCUUAAUGAGGAAGAGGUCUUAAUGAGGAAGAGGUCUUAAUGAGGAGGAGGUCUUAACUCCUCAAGUCUGUAUAUGUGUUAAGUCUUCCCUCUUUCUUACUUUCUCUCCCUCCUUCUUCCCUUUUUUUUCUUUUCUUUAUUUCUUCUCUCUUUCUUUAUUUCUUCCCUCUUUCUUUAUUUCUUCUUUCUUUCUUUCUUCCAUCUUUCUUCCGUUCCUGUCAUGGCCAUUUGAACUUGCCAGUUGUACUCCCUCUUCACUUCCCCUGAGUUGGUUCUUCGAGGAAGAGACUGUGUCCCACUAUCAGCAGAAUGUGACUUUUUGACCGUCCUCACAAUGGGCACCUGCAUCUGAAGUAACGUUGCAUAUUGGAAUCAUGACGUAUUGCAAUCCAUGGCAUUUUCUACAUCUACAUCACAUUGUCAAAACAAGCAAUACAUUUCUGUAGGAAAAACAAUCAGUUGCAAUGUUUUGUACUUUUGAAGCCUUUUCCUAAGCAAUAGAAGCAGGUUACCAGAUAAUCACAACAAGCUUUCAUUUUUAAGCCGAUGGACCAUCUUUCAUUUAAUGUGAGAAUCAACUUUGACCUAAUAAAAUGACUCACAAUAAAAGUCCAUGUAAUCACCGAAGCUGUGAUGUUAAAUACUUAAGUCACUGAGUCAUGCAUCCCUUGAUGCAACCUGAAAUGCUUUGACUUGUUUGACCGUGAUUUCUAACAUGCUCUUAUCCUCACUCAGUGCUUGUUAAACAUGCUUAUUGUUAGCUCUGCUCAACAUGUCAAAUAAUGAGUUUGUUAAAUGUGUGUGUUGCUGGUGAUAGCUAAUCUUGAUUUGAGUAAAAGGAAAAAGUCUUAAAUAUGAUAUGCGUUAAGAAAACAAAUUAGUGUUAACCAACUGUGAGUUUAUAGUUUUGUAGACUGCUGGAGCUCCCCUCUACAAGCUCUGAUGAAGUGACAAGUGCUUCUGGUCAAAGUCAGUAUUGUUUCAAUGUCAACUCUGACUCAUACCAUUUACAGUCACUUCUCCUUUAUUAAAGAUGCACAGCACCACCAUGUGUAAAUGGACCAAAGGGAAUUAGAAAGUAGAUGAGGUUUUAUUGUAACUUCUUUUUCAAUUGUACAUUUGUGCCUAGUUGUGUGUAAUUCUGUCUUUCUGGUUUUAAUAAAACAUGGAGCUUAGUUGUGAA